AUCGUAGUGUCUUCAAAAGGGAUACAGAGCUUUCGGGAUGUUCCUGAGAUGCCAGUCUGUCACCAUAAGGAGGUCACCGUGCGGGACGUGGACAGGCCAGGGACGGCCUCACCUUGGUCUCCUGCAGGCAUUUCUUGGAGUGGUGAAGCAUCUCCGGAGGACAGCAAGAUGCCCGACCCGAAGCAGAGCUUGGAAAGCUCACAGCCUCUGGAAGAGGACAUGGCUUUAAAUGAAGUCUUACAGAAAUUACAGCACACUAACAAACUGCAGCAGACUCGGAUCCAAGACCUGCAGAGUAGCAACAAGUAUUUAGAGAAGAAGAUUGAAGAACUACAGAAGCAGACUACCAAACAGCAGGUGUUCAUGGACAUCAUAAAUAAGCUGAAGGCCAAGAUGGAAGAAUUAAUUGAAGACAAAUACAGAGUGAUGCUAGAGAAGAGUGACACUGACAGGACGCUGCAGAAUUUGCAUGAGGUCUUAACUCACACCCAAAAGCAUCUUCAGGAAGCUAGGAAUGAAAAGGAAACCUUACAGCUGGAGCUCAAGAAGAUCAAGGGCAAUUACGUUCACCUACAGGAAAGGUACAUGACUGAAAUGCAACAGAAAGCUAAAACUGUCAGUCAGUGCCUAGAGAUGGACAGAACCCUAAGCGAGAAAGAAAAAGAGGUGGAGAAGCUGCAGCAAGUCAAGGGGGAGCUGGAAAAGGCCACCACCUCCGCUCUGGAUUUGCUGAAAAGGGAGAAAAAGGCCCGAAAACAAGAGUUCCUGUCUUUACGUGAGGAAUUUCAGAAGCACAAGAAGAAAAACCUGGAAGAAAGACAGAAACUGAAAUCGACACUCAAGAAGCUGAUCAUUCAAGUUAGUCAUUUGCAGCUCAUAUCUGAUACCGAAAAGGCAGAGAACACCCAACUCCAGCAGCAGGUCACGGAAGUCAAACAGGAAAACGAAAGGCUUCGGCAGCAGGUGGCGAGGAGCCAGGAGCAAAAUGAUGCCCCCCCUCAGUUUGAGACGCCUUGGUUAAUGGAGCACGCCGGGGAAGUGGUAACGGCGGAUAUCAAAAAGGAUGCAAAGACCAUGCAUUCCAAUUUGUUCAUGAAUUGUUCACCUGGUGAAGAAGAGAGCCUGAGUCCCCCAGAUGUGAAAAGAACUUCUCAGCCCGUCUCCAGAAUUCACAGUCUUCUGGCUCUGAUGGUAGGGCUUCUCAAACCCCAG